CCAAUUGGGACAGAGAGGUCCCCCGAGGACCGGAUCUGUGCGGCGCCGUGGCCUAAAGAGGAGGCCAGGCAACUCCCUAGCUCCGCCUUCGCGGGCCCUGCACCCUAGCAGCCUCUGCGUGGUUCUUCCCGCCCGGCACACCCGCGGCCAUCCAAAGACACUACAAUUGAAAGAAUUGGAGGUCGUAUGUCAGAGACAAAGACAGAUUGGAAUAGAAGUUGGGACCGAAAGUAAAUAAGAUCUUCCAAAACAUGGAGCAAGGGGGACUAAAAAAGCAGACAUCCAGAGAGCAAAGCUCUGUGGUGGCUGAUUUAGAUUCCAAGCAGAAUGGAAUUGGGUGCCCUGGAAGCCUGAGGUAGAUUUGGUACUAUGGAGGGUGCACUUGCUGAUAUGAAGUUUUAUUUUAUACAAAUCCUGGAGAAGCUAAGUGAGGCCAUGUCAAUGUUGCCAGAAGACAUGAGAAUCAUGCCAGAUCUCUGUGGCUUAACAUUGGAACAUAGUGUUCUGGAGGCUGGGAAGUUCAAGAUCAAGGUACCAGCAAAUUUCAUUACCUGGUGCCCCAUGAUGGCACACAGCUUUACUCAGCAAGCCCUGCCAGCUUCCAAGCCCCUGGAUACUGACCUGCACCAGCACAUGGGGCAGCAUUACCUCCCCAACAGUGUGGAGAAGAGAACAUUUCACCAUUGGUUGAUGACAGUAGACAGUGACUCUUGGCUUCUCAAUGCUAGACAUGACUGGAGACCUUUCAUUGUUCUAUUAGAAAAGUCCAUGAAGAAGCUGUGAAUAGGAUCAGUCCAGAGGAGAAAAACUCUUAUUUUCACUGUCCAAACAUCAGUCAAUACAUUGGGAGAGCCAGCAGAAUCCCUCGCCCUAGCCUUGCCUCUUGAGCACACUGCACAUGAACACUUCCGAGGGGUGAGCGUUCAGCUCCUAAAGGGCCAUGUUCCUCUUUCCUGUGGUCUGUCCAGAAAGCCCAAAUAUCUCAAAGAGUUUUUCUUCACUUA